CAACAUAAAUUUGUCGGAGAAUGUGGGUUCGAUUCCCACCGGGUCUGUGCUCUUUAUAAACUUAUUUAAAAAGUUUAAAACCUGGUUUUCAGCUGACCGAAUUGCUUUGUGAAGCAUUCGUCAAAUAAAGCGAAAUUAAAAAUAAUACAAAAUUUAAGAUUUGUUAGUUUUGCCAAGAAGAAGGUUAAGCUUUAGGUUAUAAAUCGUUUUUGCAUUCCUAAGAUGUCCAAAAGAUUAGGAGAUUUUAACAUAAGCCGCGGCAAAAAACCUAAAUUAGACGAAGAUGAAUUUGACGAUGACUUGGACGAAGAUGCAAUAGAGAAAUGUUUUGAAUUGGCUUCCCAAAUUUGUGUGGAAAAGAGUGAGGUUGCAGGUGUCCACAUCGAUGAUUUACCCGGGUACAGUUUUUUCCAAAAACCAAGUUCGUUUGCAACAUCUACUCAGUUAAAUAACUUUCAUAAUCCCAGAAGCAACACAGCAGAAUAUUCUGAAUUAAAAGAAGAAUUGGACCGACUUACCCUAGAAACUAAAGAAAAAGAUGGCGAAAUUUCAAUCCUUCGUGACAAAAUCAAAGAAAUGAAAACAUCACUCGAUACUGAACAUCAGAAAUCUAUGAAAGAGUGGCGUGAAAAGGUAGUUGUCAAGCAAAAGGAAGUGAACAUUUUGAAGAGCGAUUUAGAAUUCAAGAAUUUAACUAUUGCCAAUCUUAAAGAGCAAUUAUCAAAUUUAAAAAGGCACUGUAAUUUAGAAAUGACUCAGACUUUUACACAGUCAGUAGCAGUUCCAAGAGAGAAGCCUCAGUGCUCAGAAAAAUAUUUAAGCAAGAAUAAAGGCCAAGAGGAUACUGUUAAAAAUGAAGUUAUUCUAGAAGCAAUGUAUCCUAUAAAAGUAGAGCAUUUGGAGCAAAUUUUCCAAGACUUUUCAAAGGAAAAACAUAUUAGAACAUCUGACAUGGCUAAGUUGAGCCAAAACACAUUGUGGUACUCACAAAACCAACUGCUUUAUAAGGAAUGGAAUUUUGAACACAAGUGUGUGAGUUUCAAGACCAAAGCACUGGAGUUAAAUCACUUUUAUAGUGAUCUGGUAAAACUGACCAACACAAGUUCAGACCAGUUGAAUAAUAAUGAAAGUGAUGAAGCUGUAGAUAAAGUGCUGUGUAUUACUUUGAUACUGCUGCAGGACUUAGAAGAUUAUUUGAUCCAGUUGGGAUUAACAUUAAAGGGUGAAGAUAUACAUCAAAUUGAUACCAAUUAUCUUAAAGAUAAAACUAGCAGUACAGUAGGCCAGUUUUCUACCCAGGAUUACCAUAAGGACCAAGCAGGCAUAAAGUGUGGAAAAAUGCUUUUUUUUCUCUCAGAAAUUUUACCAUUCAACAAUCACUUGGCCAAUUGUGUAAGUCAACAAAAACGAUUGAAAUGCCAAGACAGUACAGAAUAUUCAGCCCCUAUUUCAAAUAAGUACAAGCGAGAUAGUUUUCCUCUUCUCAAUGUGAUCCUGAACAUAAUUAAAAUAAUCGGAAAAUAUAGAAAGGCAGAUGUAAUGAAGGGUUUUUUGUGUUCUGUAACAAAUCUCCUAAGGAGCAUAUGCAAAUCUGGCAAUUUUGAGGUUGUACAGGACCUGUGUUGUCAGAUAUUUGCUGAGAUCGUGUUUUCAAGGCCCGGGGUCGAAGUGGUUUACAGCCUGACGUUUUGGAUUAAAAUGUCGUCAAAGUUUCCUCAUUUUAUAAAAUUUCUGUUUUUGAAAAAUGAUAAAACGCCACUCAGAAGGGAUACCAAAGGGGUUUUGGAUUUUACUGAAGGUGCUUGCCCAUUUUGCGUCUUCAAUAUUCUCUUCCAAAACACUAUACUUCAGUUAGAAAACAUUCCUGUGAAUGUCUGUUCUAACAUAAUGACAUUUACAUACAAUAUAUUAAAUUAUACGGGGCUUUGGACUGAUCAAAGCGUAAAUGUGUGUGCUUGUCUUUCUCAACAUUACAAAAUUCAAAUUGAGGUUAUUUACAUCAUCAUAGACAAGUAUGUUAAAGGUCUUAAAGAGAAGCAAAGGGUAAACGGAGAGUAUGAUAAACUUCUUAAACACGGAUUGAUAGAGAAAAUGCUGAACUUAAUGGCGUUCAACAAUUAUGAACUUACUGAGAAAUACGUCGACAUUUAUGCACAAUUUAAGGAAACACAAAGAGUAUUGGGCAUCGGGCAAUCUGAAGACCCAAAGUUAAACCCCACAGAAGAAAUUUUACACAUACCUGAAACUAAAUUUGUUGACGUUGACUUUUGAAUAGUUCCCUGCUCAACAGAUAGUGUUACAUUAAGGAAUAAAGAC